AUGGAUCCUGCAUCGCAUAUUCCAGCAGCUACGUCUCCUCUAGCAGCGGCGACGACCAAGGGAUUCGAUGAGGAUGACGUCCUCGCCCACCCGGGAGGUGCCCACGUCCCGGCGACCGCGGCGCUCACGAUACAGGCGCUCUUCGGACCUAUCUUCCAGAUAGAGAAGGUGAACCGAGCGGCCGCCAAGGACCCGGGCCUCAUUGAUACACGCGCCAUUCUGCACGACCUCUUUGGUGGUGCCAUUCGCGAAGAUGACUUACACCUCUUUCAAGAAGAGCGACACGCCGUUGAGAUGCUUGCGCGGGAGAUGAAAAUGAACAAGGAUGUUGUAGUGUACGAGGAGGGUGCGCGGUACUUCGGCAGCGCUGGCGCCGACGUGCUGCGCGUCGAUCAGCACGUCCCCUUCACGCUCCUGGAAGGUUCGCUGCCGGAGCGCUGGGACGAGAAUCGAAAAAGGGCGGCGACUCCGUCCUGGCUGCUGGACAUGCCGGUCAUCUUUCCGAACCGACAGACGCUGCACGCCGACCCGCGUCCUUGCGACCCGUCUACAUGCGCAUACUUGGAAAGCAAUAAGUUUAUGCUCUACACCCCAACGAAUGUGAUGCGGUGGAGUGUCACUGACAAGGGAGCUUCGAGCAAUAGCCGUAUAGUGCGCUGGAGCGACGGCUCCAUGACGAUGCACGUCGGCAAUGACGUUCUGACGCUGCUGCCCUCGCAGGACUCCACACUGAAUCUUCUCGGUGAGACAUUGGAGGUGGGCAAGGAGGGGAUGGAAAUUGAGGCUGUGAUUACCUCCACAGUGCCGGAGAAGCAUCUCACCGCGCGCCUCGGGGAGGCGGCUUCCAUCGAGGUUGCCCUCGCGCAGGAACGCCGCCAGCGCGAGGUGGAGAGCCGCCACCGCAACUUGCCAUACACAGACUUUUCUAUGCCGCCUAUCGACUGGGCUCACCCGCGCAAGGGACGCACCAUUCAAGAGGAGUAUGUGCGCGAGGAGUACGAAGUGCGCGAGCGGGAGAUGAAGCGGCGCAUCAAGGACGGCCAUCCGAUGACACUGGCAGAGCAGCUGCAACUAGAGGCACGGUUGCAGGAUCAUGUCAUAGGCGUUUCGGCGGAGCAGCUGAAGGCAGAGCGUGAGGACCAGCUGCGGGUGGCGGCACUCAAGGCUGCACAGCGUGCGGCGAACCGCGGCCAGAAGCGCAGUCGUCUUGACCGCGACCUCGACCUGCAGGGCGGCAUCGAUAGCAUCCAUGACAUGAGCGGUGACCCGUUCCUGAGGGACAAGGAAGACGAUGGGGGUGACGGCGAUGAGGAGGUUAGUGAUGCCGACUCAUUCGAGCGGCAGUUGGCGGACAUGUACGCACGAAACAAUGCAACUGAGCCUACGAAAAAGUCUGCCGAGAAGUUUAAAUCAGAGCGUAGUGACUCUCGCUACAACGGCUUAGCGGCGGCACUACGGGCAUUGUUGACACACAUUCCGAUGAAUGCCGAGGCGUUUGCCUCCGUGGACGGCACACUCACCUUCAUCACGAUGAAUGACACUCUGGAUGAGGUGGUGAAGUCAGAGGUGCCGAAAAUGCUCGCCGAGGUGGCGGCGGAGCUGCCGACAGUAAACACACAGCGUGUGAGGGAGGAGCUCGCCGCCCUCUUUCCUGAUGAGCUAUGA